AUGAGCCAGAAACUCAUGGAGAUGAUGUACUUAACUUUAACAUUGAUCUGGGUUGGACUUGGAACUGUCAAUACUGACAAUAACACAUAUAAUUUUACAGAAGUUAACUUCACAACAGAAUGGCUUGAUAUUGACGCACUUGAUGGUGUAACAACGGCACAAGAUCGACCAAAAGACAUAAACGAAGAAAGUCUCCAGAAUUUGAGAUCGUUGGAAAACAAAACAGGGGAACUAGAAGAAAGAACUCAAUUAACUACUCUACAUGCCGUAAUCACCUGGCCUAGCGGAUCCCCAACCCUAAAUGAGACUUUCACAACUCGAUCGGGAGAAGAUGCCAUGCCAGAUAUUGGCGAUGGCGUACAUAACUCAACUGAUAGAGAGUCCCCCGAGAAUGUAACCAUGGCGCUAGAAGAUGUGAAGUUAGAUGACACAAGUCAAGAUUUAGGUGGUUGCGAAAUAUGGAAAUACGGCGGCUUUGUCCUCGUUUUCUUCGGAGUCCUAUUCAACAUUCUCUCUAUCCUUGUUUUCAGUCGGAAAAACAUCAGGAAAUCCACCACAACCGUCAUGCUAACCAUUCUAGCAUUUGUGGACUCGUUUAACUUACUAAAUAGUGCACUUGGUAUGUCACUGAGAUGCACAAUAGGGAUUCCAGGCAUGUUUACUGAAUACAGUUAUUGGACAUGUAAAAUUGGCGUUGUAAUUCUAUUCGUCAUGACGGACUUGUCUCCAUUUCUUGUGGCUUUACUUGCGAUAGAGAGAUGCAUCGCAGUUGCAUUGCCACACCGGGCCUCGAUCAUCAUUAGCACUAAACGGGUCAAAAUAGCUGUCCUUAUAACGGUGGUUGUCCUUCUUGCCGCAAAUCUUCAGCUCGCGUUUAUAAUCGAGUACAAUCCCAAUUCACCUGACCAGUUCUACUGCACGCCAUCUGAAGGGUAUACAACAUACUACAGAGAGAUAUUUCUCUGGAUUGAUCUGGCACUUCUCUCCGUCAUCCCGCUCUCCAUAGUGAUCACAUGUAACGUCAUCAUCCUGGUGAAUGUGAUGUAUCACCGUCGCUCCCAGAAAAGUAUGGUUGCUAUGUACAAGAACAACAACAAGAACAACAUCAACUCGCUUACCUUCAUGUUGGUUUCCAAACUCAUGAUGAUGAUGUACUUAACUUUAACAAUGAUAUUGUUGGUUGGACUUGGAACUGUCGAUACGAUAGAUAAUAACACAGAUAAUUCUACAGAAUUGAACUUCCCAACAGAAUGGCUUGAUAUUGACGCACGUGAUGGUGUAACAGCGGCACAAGAUCGACCAAAAAACAUAAACAAAGAAAGAACCAGGAGUCAUAGGGGAGUUUUCUGUAUUGAUGUUGAACAAAAAUAA